UCGAAGCGGGUUUAAAAAAAUCCUUUCGAAAAUUUUGUACAAGCGCGCAAUACGAAGAAGCGGUUCACGAUUUUCAAUAUCAUACUGUCUUUGUCGAGCUGACCCUACCACAACUCAAUGCGCUCUCAAUUCGCGGCAGCUAUUAUUAUCUUGACCCGGUGAUUGAGCUCUCCUGCUCGCUAUCGUCUAAAGCCCCACUGAUUGGACCGACGGUUCCAAUCACGCCUCUCGCUCGCCGCUCAUUGGUCGCCCGGCCCCGCCUCUCGCCUCGAAAGCCUCUGCCAAGGGUAGUUUUAAACCCCACUUAUAUAUUUUUCACCCUUGCUUUACUCUCGCAUUCGUAGAGUUACUGACGGGUAGUACGCACGCGUUUCGACACAGAUCGUAGCGAUAUAAGUGAGAAAAGUUUUAGUUUCGAGUGUGAGUAAUUAAAUGAACAAACAAUGACAAUGGACGUUCAAAAUAAUUACCAAAAUUAUAAAGAACAGUCUCCAGAAUCCAAGGAGACCAGUUUAAAUAUUGAAAGUGCCAAAACUUCGCAAAAUAUAAAAUCUGAUAUGCAGUCCACAGUCUUCAAUCAAGGAAAGGCGUCGAAACGCUCUUUCGACGUCGCCUUCUUAAUGAUGCCGGAUGAAAAGGUUCGUCACAUACAACCGGAGAGACAGCUGCGAGUUUCUAAACAACUGUUUAAUACGGAAGAAUGGGAGCCGUCGAAGAGGAUGACUGACAUCUACAAACACAAUGAAUACUCCAACGACAAUACACUAGAUUCUAAAGAUCAAGACGAAGACCGAGGACGUAUGAACAACGACAUUUCUCCGGGUUUUGGUUCCGACGUAAACAUUGAUGUCGGUACGGAUGAAUAUCCAAGUAAGUCAAUAUAUUGCAGUGAUUCCGAUACCUCUGACCAAUCGAGAAGCCGACCCAAUUCGAACGAGAGUGCUGCGCGCCAUCCGAAGUUUUUGCCAGAAUACAAAAAUAAAAUAUUUGAUGACCCUACACUUAUAAGCAUACAGUCAAGAACAAGAUUUGAGAAUCGUUUUGGGGAAAAAUCUCACGAGAUGUCACCGAAAAGUGCUUUCACGAAAGUUUCGAAUUUCGUUCGCUCCCCAAACCCAUCGGUCAGUCCUGACAAUCUUCUCUACCAGAAUUCAGUAAGCCCACCGUUGUCUUCUUCCACACCACCAAGCUACAACAAAUCAAGCUUCAAUAAUCUACUGUCGCCCGCACAUUUAUUGAAUGGCCACAAUUUUUUUAAAGGACAAAAUGUACCAUCCACUUCCCCAAAUUAUCCUGAAUCUAGUCCCGUACAACGAACAAGUGGAUCAUUUAAAGCGAUGGAAUACCAAGGUAAACAAGAAUCGAAGAAUCCGCAAAUAUCACCAAAUAAAAUGAAUUUUUUGCCCUUCAGACCAGAGUUAUCUUACCUACAAGCGGGGCCGUCUUAUCCUUUUGGAGUUCAAAAUUUCCAGCCGCCUAAUCCUGAUUUCAUAAAAUUCUCCGGUCCCCCACGCGAGCCGGUGAACCCUUUGAUUGCUAAUCCCGCUGCAGCGAUAUUGAGUACGCUUUUGCCGUCAACCAUUGCUGCAUUCUCAUUGCCUGCGCAAAAUGUAUGUGCAAAAUGCAGCAUUAGCUUCAGAAUGACUUCAGACCUUGUUUAUCAUAUGCGGACACAUCAUAAAAGUGAAUCGACUGCCGAUCCGCAUAGGAGGAAAAGGGAAGAAAAACUGAAAUGUCCUGUUUGCAACGAGAGUUUCAGAGAGAGACACCAUUUGACCCGACAUAUGACAGCGCACCAAGAUAAGGAUGGUGACUUGGAUGAUGUAUCACCAACUCAAAAUUAUAAUAAAAAAAGUAAACAAUUCUACCCUCACAAUGGAGGUCCUUUACACCAUAAAUAAGUUUGUAACUUACCAUUUUCUAGAUGUAUUGAUGGCAACUUCCUUCUAUUCAUGACAAUUCGUAGAAAAUCUUUAAGACUCUUUCGAUUUUGUUAAACUUCUGUUAAUAAUACAGUUAUUUAAAAAUAUUGUUAUUGUUAUUAAAUAAUACUAUUCAUGUGCAAUAUUAGAUGUUAAGUAUCGAUUUUGUAAAUAUUAGACCUAGUAGCAAAUCAUCAUUAAAACAUUUUA